GAUGAUUUUCAAGAGAGUUGUCCAUGAUGUGGCAAAAGCCAGGCAUCUCACAGCUCUCCAGAAAGGCCUGGCCAGUAUGAGCAGUGAUUAAAUGGCUACCAGGAAGGAGGGGAAUUGGCACCACCGAGGCCCACGUGCUGUUCCCAGCCCCACCCCAGGCCUUCAGGGGACAGGAGUUAACGCCAGGGUGGAUAUGCAUUCAGGAAGCAGGAUGUCAAUGUCUCUGGGAAAGCUGAUCCUUUUCGCUGGUGUGUUGACUAGUGGGGGCUCUGCCCUGGUGUAUUACUUCGUGCAAAAAGCUUUUUCCAGGAGUUUGUAUUACCAGCUGGGGUUAGAGCAGCUGCAUAGCCACCCUGAAGCACUGGAAGCUCUGGGCACUCCUGUGAACGUUCACAAUCUCAAGCUCCCCGACAAGCAAAACUUCGUGGACAUUGCUGAGGCCCAGUUGAAGAUUCCCGUCUCCGGGUCCAAGUCAGAGGGCCAUCUCUACGUCUUCUCCUCCAGAGCUGCCCCCUUUCAGAGGUGGCACCUGGACGAGGUCUUCUUACAGCUCCAGGAUGGUCAGAAGAUUCCUGUGUUCAAGCUCAGUGGGGAGAAUGGUGAUGAAGUGAAAAAGGAGUAGAGGGAAUCAAAAGACCUCACUUGCUUCAAGUCUGGCCUUCCCUCAUCUGCAGCGUGUGCCCUCCCAGGGUGACAGCCCAUCUGAGUGACAGACACUCCUGCAGCCAAUUUUCCAGCCACCAGUGGGAGGACUGUAUGUGCUGGCAUAUGGUAAUUUGGUACAAUUCUAACUUGAACACAGCAAACCCUAUUGUGGUUUUUUAACUGAAUCAGAAAGAAACAUUUAUUGUAAAUUUUAAAGAUAAUUUAUUUGAAAGUGCUCUGUAUAAAAAAGCAAAGCACAGGAUAAAAGGAAUCAGGACUAAUAAAAUGUUGAUUUUUGCUA